CUUCCCAACACCAGAGUCACCGAUGAGAAGGAGCUUGAAUAGAUAGUCGUACUCGCUGGUAUGCAUUGUGAACUCGAAAACGUGAGCAGUAGCUGAGAGACGGUGGACGCUCGCUGAGGGACAAGACAAAGGGCGGUGGUGCAGUGCCGUGUGACGCGUGGCCAGGGCGUGACUUGGCCGCCACAACAUAAAAUAAAACAAAACGAGACUUCAGGGAAUCAAGCCUCCUCUUCCCCAACGUCGGCGGCCCCCUAACGAGCACUGUGUCCCGAUCAUGCCCCUCUCCAUGGCCAAACCCCCUCAGUCUGCAACCUUGCUAUGUCGAAUGGACGGGAUACGUCGAUUACUCAGGGGACACGGAUCCCAUUGCGAAACGUCGAUGUGGCAUACCUCCUAAGGCUUGACAUUGGCGACCACGACUUCUGGGUCGUUUUCGACACAGGUUCCUCAGACCUGUGGGUUGCAUCGACGGAUUGUAACACUGAUGAUUGUCACGGUGUCCCAAAGUAUUCGCAAGCAGAAUCGCAUACGCUAAGCUUGUCGGGGGAACCGUUCAAACUUAAUUACCUUGCAGGUUCAGUCGCUGGCACCGUCGGCUCUGAGAUAAUAGAACUCGGCUCGUAUCAGGUAGCGUCGCAGACGUUCGCACUUGCCAAUCAAACGAGUGGACUUGAUCUAGGGGGAAUAGGGAACUCGGGCAUUGUCGGUUUCGCCUUCCCUUCAAUUGCUGCGAUUCAACCGACGUUGGGAACCACUUUACUGGAGAACACCUUCAAUCAUCUCAGUGAUGAGCACAGAUUCUUUGCCUACGCACUGGGUCGCAAUAACGUGGAAACAGGCACUAGUAGCGACUCUUCCGUCACAAUCGGAGAGCUCGACUCAUCGAUAGUAAAUGACUCGAACCAGCUGUCAUUUUUCUCCGUUUUUCAAACAUCCCAUAGUCCAUAUGAUUUUUGGAAACUUCCCAUUCAAUCCAUAACAAUACAUUCUCUCUCCCUUCCUCUCUCUCGCUCCCUUGUCCCUGGGGCGUUCUCUCCGAUCGGAGUCCUGGAUACCGGGACGACGUUUAUCCUCGGUCCUACAGCUGACGUUGAGACUUUCUGGAACACCGUUAAUGUUGGGAAUUCUGUGCGGUAUAAUAAAGGCUCUCAAAGAUGGGAAGUCCGAUGCAACAGAUUCAUGGAUGUCCGGAUCAAGCUUGGCGAGCAAGAUAGCGCUCUGGAGAUUCCCCUUCACCCCGAAGACAUAAAUAUCAUUUGGAAAUGGGCUGACGGUAAUUCUUGGUGUAUUGGUGGUCUUCAGGCUAGCGACGGGGUGAAUUCUGGUGAUUGGAUUUUAGGAGAUAGCUUUCUUAAGAAUGCCUACGUAGUGCACCAAGCUCCAAAUUCUUCGCGCCCGGCGUUGAUCGGCCUGUUGAAUUUGACCGACCCCAAGACUGCACUAUCAGAUUUCCAGAAGGCACGUGGCCAGGACCCACUGCCAACAUCAUCUGUUCUUGGGUACUUCACCCCGCCACAAUCUCGCGUUCUUGUGAUUGCCACUUCUGUCUGCGCGAUUUGUGGACUCAUCAUCGGGGUUAUUGUGACUGUUGUAUAUGGGCUCCGUCGUAAACUGCAGAGGACGCUUGAACUGAACAGGGCAGCAUAAGUACAUUGGGACAGAACAUCCGAUGAAAGGAAAACAUGGGACUAAUAGAAUACAGUAGCAGUAUGGAGAUGUUCACAUGGCAACGUGUCGACUAUCCCGACUGAGUGUAUGUUGGCCGGUAAUAACCAUCCCCAUGUUGUGCUGGCUGGUAACCAUAUCCUGGUUGUGCUACUGCAGGGGCCCAA